AUGUCUUCGCAAACAAAAUGGAAGGAGGAGCAGGUCCUCGUCAUCUGCCCUGGCUCCUCCACAACCAUGGCCCAGCUCGGCUGCAGCGAAUUGACGCCGCCCUCCCAGCGCUUCCCAACGCGCAUGUUUAAAGACGAGCAGAACGGGGCAUGGAGGCCAUACCAUACCGUCAAGAGGAAGAAGAACAACCCCCUUGGAUCUAAUGGAGUCGCGCAGGCCGGGGCCGCUGACGGCGUCAAGUCCGAGGACGAGUACGAAUUCGUCGAGGACCCCGACUCUAGCGAGGGCGCCGUGUACCCCAUCCGAGGCGGUCGUAUCGUGGAUAUGGACGCCUUCCUCGCGUUCCUGGACCACGUCCACAGCAUGCUGACCACGACCUACCACAACACACCCAUCACGCUCAUGGCGUCGCCCCAGUGGACUCGCCCUGACUGCGAAGCCAUCGCGCGCUAUGUCUUCGAAAAGACCAAGACACCGGCACUCUGCCUCAUUCACAGCGGCGUCGCGACGCAAUACGGACUACGGUGGCCGACCAUGACGGUCGUCGACAUUGGCUUCCAGAAGGUUGACGUGACCUGUAUACAUGAUAACAGGGUCGUGAGCCACAAGGACGUGGGCUUGACGACUCCAGAAAGCGACGAGGAGGCGGCCAUCUCCGGGGGCGAGGCGUUCACCCUCAAGCUCAAGAAGUUGCUCGAGGACAAGGGGUUCACCUAUGAAAUGGCCGAACAGCUGAAGAAGAGUCAGAUCUGUGAGGUUCUGCCAUACGCGGCGGAUCAGCCUGGAUUGAUGGAGCUUCCCUCGGCGAGUGGCACCGGCCAGCAGACUGCAGCAGCACCCACGGGCCAACCUGCUGCCCAAGCGGCGGCGGGCACAACGAGCGACUUGCCUGUGGGUGCGGAUGCUGAGGAUGGGGUUACCGGAGAUGACAAGGGUCCCGAUCAGGAUGGUGUCCUUGACAUUGCAAACAUCGUUACGAGUGGUCAGACGAAAGAAUUCCUAGCGAAGAAGGAGAAGGAGAAACAGGAGAGGGCAAAGGCAGGAAAGAAAGGCAAGGGUCAGGAUGCCGUGGAUGCAAACAAACCCUCGCGAUUGCCCAACUCGAAGAGGGUGAAGAGUGUGUUCCACUACGAAGAGAUCGUCCACGAGGAGCCGGCACCCCCGCCGGCAAAGGCAGCCGAUCAGGAGAAAGAGAGUGCCGUACCACCAGCUAAUGGCGAGGAGCCGAAAGUGGAAGCGCCAGCAGGCGAAGCAGAGAAACCGGCCGGGGAUCAACCGAGUGGUGAUGCCUUCAAAGUAGACAACUUCCUGCCGCCCCCGGACUCGGCGCCCGCAACGGCUGCGUCUUCAGAACCUCAGACGAAGCGUAUCAAGAAGGAUAUCGAGAUCGGCCUGGAGAGAUUCACAUUUGCGGACCGCGCCGAGAUCGACCGGAUUGCCACGACAAUUUAUCGGGCCGUGCAGGAGAUUGGCGACAUGUACAUGCGGCCCGGCUGCUGGGACAACAUUGUCUUCGUGGGCAACGGCAGCCGCAUCCGCGGGCUGAAAGACAACAUCCUGCAGACCCUGACGCUGCGGCACCUGAUCUCGCCUAGUAGUGCGACAAUGUUCACGUCGGAGCUGCCCUCCAACGUGGCAACGCCCGCCGGGACGGGGUCGCAGACGCCAACGGGCAGCUUCACAGGCCCGCCGCACACAAUGCCCACGGGUGCCUCGUCGGGCGUCAACCCGCUGCUGCAGGCAGCCACGACGGCAGCGUCGCUGCAGCAGACGCCGCACCCUGGCGUAUCCACGCCCGGUGGCGCGCCGGGAUCUGCGUCGGGCGACGGGUCAGCGCCGCACAUGUCACACCACUUCCACAGCCAGACGCCGACGUCGAUCAAGCUGGCGGCAAUGCCGACAUACCUGGCCGAAUGGACGAAACACGGUUUCGAGGAGGCCAUGUUCCUCGGCUCGCUGGUGGCAGCCCGCCUGGUGUUCUGCGUACACAACCUUGAUGCGAUGGGGCUGGAGGCACAGAGGUCCAUGAGCCUGCACCGUGUGGAUUUUAAUGAACUCGGUCCAAAGGCCAUCCGGACGCAUUCCAUGCUGGGGUGA